UUUGCCAAAUUUUCAUCCUACUUUUUCCCCAUUGAUUUAUUCCAAAUGGUGUUUGUAUCUCUCAAUUUGAUUGACUUCCAUUCAUUCUCAGCUUAAUACCCACAUCUUCUUUUUCUCCUUCACUCCUCUGAAUUUACUGGGUUUUUCUCAGACUAGAAAAGAAAAGGAAAAUAUAAAAAAUUGGUUUCCAUUUUGUGUUGUAAUUUCUGCAGAGUUUGUUGGGUUUACAGCAGGAAAAGCUUCAAGCCCGAAGCAUAUACGCUCUAAAUAGGGCUACACGAAUUCAUCGAAACUGAGAAUUAUAUAAAUAUUUACAGUAGAUUUUUUUGUUGAAGCUUUAAAGCUUUAGUUUUUUUUUUUGUCGCUGGUUUUUGUGUGGAGUGAAUUUUCAUUUAAUUCCCAUCCUGUUUUUUUAAUUGGGGGAGACUCAAGAAAUCCAAAGACAUGGGAAAGCAUGGACCUUGCUAUCACUGUGGUGUUACAAGCACCCCUCUUUGGCGUAAUGGGCCUCCCGAGAAGCCAGUACUCUGCAAUGCAUGUGGUUCGCGGUGGAGGACAAAGGGAACACUGGCAAACUAUACACCUCUACAUGCUAGGGCUGAACCUGAUGAGUUAGAGGAUUUGAGGUUUCCUAGGGUGAAAACUAUUUCUAUUAAGAAUAAAGAGCCAAAGGUACUGAAGCGGAAACACAGUAUUGAGGUAGCUGAAUUUGUAGAGGUUCCUCCUGACCAUUACCAGGGUUUGCAAAAAGUCUAUGAUGAAGAUACAAGCAAUAGAUCAAGUUCUGGUUCUGCCAUAUCCAACUCAGAGAAAUACGCUCAAUAUGGCAUUGCUGAUACAAGUGAUUUGACAAGUCCCCCCCAACCCACUGCAUGGGAUUCAAUUGUGCCUUCCAGGAAGAGAACCUGUGUUGCAAGGCCAAAACCUUCUCCAGUUGAGGUUCUUACCAAAGAUCUGUAUACAUUAUGGUAUGAACAACAGUCAUCAUGCUUGUCUGGAUCAUCAGAAGAAGACUUGCUUCUUGAGAGCGACAAACCAAUGGUAUCUGUUGAGAUUGGACAUGGAAGUGUACUUAUUCGGCACCCAAGUUCAUUUAUUAGAGAAGAAGAGUCAGAAGCUAGCUCCCUUUCAGUUGAUAACAAGCAGUAUACCCUAACAUCACGGGAUAUGAGUUUUCGUGGUCGCAUUGAAGACACAGGUGCCUACUCAUCGAGUAAAGUUAAUGAGAAACUUAAGAAGAAUGCUUAUCCUGGGGUUGUACAGGAGCAUAUGAGAAGAGACAAGGAUCAAGUUGUAAAAUUACCGAUUCUUGCACAUCAUAAUUCUCCACUAUGUUACAUAGAUCUACAAGACAUUGUUAAUUUUGAAUUGUUUACAAGUAAUUUGACAAUUGCCGAACAACAACAGUUGAUGAGCUUAUUACCUUCUGUCGAUGCUUCGGAUGCUCCAUACAGCCUUAAAAGCAUGUUCGAUAGCGCUGAGUUCAAGCUGAAUCUAUCAUCCUUCCAAAAACUUAUUGCUGAGGGAGUUUUUGAUAACUCGUAUGGUGGGUUCAAUACGGAUGAUUGCAGAAUUUUGAAGAAACUUGUCUUGUGCGAUUUAACUAAAUCAAAGUGGGUGGAACAACAUACAGCUUUUAAGGAUCUGAAGUGCAAAAAUACCAUCAAGUCAGAAGUGACAGGACGAUACAAUGGCUUUGAAAUUGUCAAUGGAGCUAACUUUGAACUAUCACGAGAGGGACAGCACAAAAAAACUACAGGAUCGAAAGUUACCAUGAAGAGUCCCCGGAGAAUUCUGAUGAAGUCAGGCUAUGGUAAAAAAGAAAUCCUAGAUAGAGAUGAGUCUUUCGUGAGUGCUAAGAGUUUAUUUUCAAUCCAAAACGACAAUGGUUCCUCGGUGCUGGACACAUCCCACUUCGAAGGGGAGAACUCUGACCAGGAUUUGCUGCUUGAUGUACCAUCCAAUGGCUCCUUUCCACAGGCAGAACUACUCCCAAGUUCGAGUUUUGGCGCCAUGGCUAGUACUAGUAGCAGCUCAGCGUACCCAAAACUUAUCCACCCGUGAUGCUACUUGCAUACCUAUGUGCUACUUAUUUCGUAUACGAGGGGGGAGGGAGGUGUUUCUAGACUUUGGUUUCAACCUUUGUGGUUGUGUUCUUCAUUUCUUUGCAAAGAAAUAGGAGUUUCUGUUCAAUUUGAGGUUGGAUGGAUACCUUGUUCCCCACAUGAAACAUGGUGUUGGAAUCGAAAAGGGGAUGGGUUUAUUUGCAUUUUGGAUUAUGUACAGACUAACAAAAGAUUGUGUUAUGUAGCACAAAAAAGGAAAAGGAAGAAUGGAGAAUGUAUUAUUCAUAUCUUUA